AUGUCCUUCUCUUGCGGGGAGCAUUUAGAGGCGGUCCGGAAAGAAAUGACGGUGUUAGCGAAUCAAUUACAAAUGAGCAAGCAGGAAGUCGAGAAGGUGAAAAUGGCUUUCGCAUUGGGUGAGUUAGAGAAAAUUCGACGUGAAGAGACGCAAUCGCAACAGGCGCAAGCAGCUAUGUUAAUGGGUGGCAUGCCGAACAUGAUGAUGGCCAGGUUUGAAGGUAAAAUAGUGUUAACCGAUGAAGGCGCCAUGAUGAGUCUACGUCUGUACUUAUUAAGACGUUCCGGUUUACAUUUCCAUGUUUACUCAAAUGAUGUGGUGCUGAAUGUGACUGCCAAUUCCUGGCGAUGCACAAUCCAUUGUUAUGCAAUUCGGUCGCGCCAUGAAUGGAAUGGGGCACGAUGUUCACCGAUGAGGUCAACGCAGCGUGUCGGCUUCUGGGCUUUCCAUGCGCUCACGCCACAGAUGAAUGUUUCGAUCCCGUCGCGAAAUCCGUCAAAUGGAGCGCUCAGUGCAGCACAAGCGUCGGCGACGAGCUCACCGAGGCCGGCAGACCCUCUGACACCACAGACAAGUGUUGCUGCCCAGAUUGGAGCAUCAGCAAAUUUGAAAGAAGACCGUCAACCGCCACCGUCACCUCAGAAAACGCAGGCUAGUGAAGAAAAUGUUUCAGUUGCGUCGUAA